UUAGCAUAUACCUUGAACACUAGAUGGACUCGAAUCUCGAAUCUUAUGGCAUGAAAUAACGUUGCGGGUGAUUUGGAAAUGUGUAAAUGUAUUCUACUGUUUGUUUUUUGUAUUUUUUCAAGCCACGAUGCGCGGUGAAUGAUAAUCUGAUUUCGUAGAAAGACGGAAGACGAAAUUUCACGUUUAUGAAAAAAUGUAUGACAUAUAUCAUCCUAGUUAUUAUCACUUGUGCAAAUUCGGUUGUAACGAUCCUGUGAAAACAAGUACUGCCUUUUAUGUCUACAUUGAACUAUGUGAAGUGAAACGAUUCUGGGAUGUCAAAUAUAAGUAUAAGGAGGAACUUGAACUAUUCUAUCUCGAGGUGAAGAAAAGUGAGCAUUCUUCGCUAGAAAUCUAUAUACCUUGGCCAACCAAAUACAGCAUUUCUAUUGAUAAAAUUGAGAAGAUGCAACAGGCAUUGCAAAAUGAACGAUUGACAUUUGUAUUUAAAUCUGAGGAUAGCAGCAGUGUUUUGUAUACAAUAAGCGCAGGUCUUAUAAAGCCAGCAGCGCCAGAAGCAACUAAACAACUGAAAGAAAGAGAAGAGAAGAAAUAUAAUUUGGAGACAGAAAUCCGAAGAAACACGUCAAAUUUAUAUGAAUUAGCAAAAACUAUAGUUAUUGCUCAUGAAACUAAAGAUCAAAAUUCUAAUUCUGGUCCAAGCGCUGCUGUAGAAUCAUCGAAUACAGAUUCCAGUUUGGAGAUAUUAUGAUACUUUUUCUAUACAUAAUAUUGAAUUAUCAUGUAAUAUAUAUUUGCUUAUUGUAUUACUGUGUUUAUUUCUUUUUGAUAUUGUCAUAUUUAUAGCUUAUAUAUGAAUCUAUUAAAAUUUUUAAGGCUGUUCUCUUUACCUAAGAAAUAUACAAAAGUGAUAUAUAGAAGGAAAUAGUUAACAUAUUUUUUGUAAAGCAUAAAUAACAAAAUGUGAUGAUGAAAGGGUGUAGAUGAAAAGUAUAAUGUUGUAUAUUUUUAAUAUUUAUUUUUUAAAGUAAUUUUCACAUAUGCGCGCGUAUAAUGUAGAUUUUGGGAAUACUUCUAAGGAUUGCAUAUAAUUGUUUAAUAAAGUGAUAUGUAAUAAGCUGCCACUGCAAAUAUAUAUGCAUUGAAUAAAUUAAAUCUUCAUCUAGCCAUA